UCACUGGGGUGGUUAGGCAUAAACAGCUUGCUAAUUUCCAUUUUUUUCCUCUUCGCUUUUGAACUGGAUUUGGGCAAUGGGGAUGGUGAGAACAUUUUAGAAAAGAGACUAGGAAUCUCUAGGUGUUUGGGCACAUUGAAAAGAAACUUGCAAGAAGAUGAGACCGAAGGGAAAAGAUGAUUCGAUAGUGGGAUGAACUUUAAAUGACUGCAUGCCUGCAAAUUAAGGUUUUCACAAGUUCUUACAAUUCAAGUUGAACAAACUGCUUCCUCAAUGCACUUCCCAACCAUGAGAGCUGUCCUUAAAUAUCCUUUCAGACUUGGAAAUCUACCUCUGUGAAAACAACAGAGUAGAUACAUGCCUUCCAGCAUGAUGCCUCUCUGUGUCCCCAAGUCCUAUGUGGAUCUGGCAUCAAGGACUUGCUCAAUAAAAUGAAGCAGGCACUGGGACACUUGCCAGAGUUUUCUUGAAGUACAACUAAGAACAGAGGCCCCACUGGGCACUGAGAUCCCUGACUGGCAUGGUUAUGGACAUGGUCCAUCUGGUGCUGGAAAUGUCUCCCAGUUUUUGACAAGAGCUAAAUCACCAUGGGGUCCAGCGGUCUUGGGAAAGCAGCAACGUUGGAUGAGCUGCUGAGCACCUGCAUAGAGAUGUUUGAUGACAAUGGAGAGCUGAAUAAUAGUUAUUUGCCAAGAAUAGUUCUACUGAUGCACCGAUGGUAUUUAUCUUCCACUGAAUUGGCAGAAAAACUUCUCUGCAUGUAUCGACAAGCCAGUGGAGAAAGCUGUGACGAGUUUCGAUUAAAGAUCUGCUACUUUAUGAGGUACUGGAUUCUGAAGUUUCCUGCAGAGUUUAAUUUGGAUCUUGGUUUGAUUCGUAUGACUGAAGAGUUCCGAGAAGUAGCAAGUCAACUAGGAUAUGAAAAACACGUCAACCUUAUCGACAUAUCCAGCAUUCCUUCCUAUGACUGGAUGAGAAGAGUCACACAGAGGAAAAAAGUAUCCAAGAAGGGGAAAGCCUGUCUGCUGUUUGACCAUCUGGAGCCCAUUGAAUUGGCUGAGCACCUCACUUUUCUGGAGCAUAAAUCUUUUAGAAGGAUCUCAUUCACUGAUUAUCAAAGUUAUGUCAUCCAUGGCUGCCUGGAGAAUAAUCCAACCUUGGAGAGAUCUAUUGCUUUAUUUAAUGGAAUAUCUAAGUGGGUCCAAUUGAUGGUUCUUAGCAAACCAACCCCCCAGCAAAGGGCAGAAGUCAUCACAAAGUUUAUCAAUGUUGCAAAGAAACUCCUUCAGCUCAAAAACUUUAAUACCCUGAUGGCGGUGGUGGGAGGUCUUAGUCAUAGUUCCAUUUCACGCCUCAAAGAGACUCAUUCUCAUCUCUCUUCAGAAGUUACGAAGAACUGGAAUGAAAUGACAGAGUUGGUCUCCUCCAACGGCAAUUAUUGCAAUUACCGCAAGGCCUUUGCUGACUGCGAUGGUUUCAAAAUCCCCAUCCUUGGAGUACACUUGAAAGACUUGAUAGCGGUCCACGUCAUUUUCCCAGACUGGAUGGAGGAGAACAAAGUGAAUAUUGUGAAAAUGCACCAGCUGUCCGUUACCCUGAGUGAACUGGUCUCCCUGCAGAAUGCCUCUCACCACUUAGAACCCAACAUGGAUUUGAUCAACCUGCUCACCCUCUCUCUGGACCUCUAUCACACAGAAGACGAUAUUUACAAACUGUCACUGGUGCUGGAGCCUAGAAAUUCGAAAUCGCAGCCUGCCUCCCCCACAACACCCACCAAGCCUGUGGUGCCCCUGGAGUGGGCAUCCGGGGUGAUGCCAAAGCCAGACCCCACAGUGAUCAACAAGCACAUAAGGAAAUUAGUUGAGUCUGUGUUUAGAAACUAUGACCAUGACCAUGAUGGAUACAUCUCACAAGAGGAUUUUGAAAGUAUAGCUGCCAAUUUUCCCUUCUUGGAUUCCUUCUGUGUGCUGGACAAAGAUCAGGAUGGCCUAAUUAGUAAAGACGAAAUGAUGGCUUACUUCCUGAGAGCUAAAUCCCAGCUACACUGUAAAAUGGGACCAGGAUUUGUCCAUAACUUUCAAGAGAUGACCUAUCUCAAGCCAACUUUCUGUGAACACUGUGCAGGAUUUCUCUGGGGCAUAAUCAAGCAAGGAUACAAAUGCAAAGACUGUGGAGCCAAUUGUCACAAACAGUGCAAAGACCUCCUGGUUCUGGCCUGCAGGAGAUUUGCCCGGGCACCCUCCUUGGGCAGUAGUCAUGGGUCACUGCCUGGAAGCCCCUCGCUGCCCCCAGUACAGGAUGAAGUGUUUGAUUUUCCUGGAGUCACUGCUGGACACCGGGACCUGGACAGCAGAGCCAUCACCCUGGUUACAGGCUCUUCUCGCAAGAUCUCUGUGAGGUUACAGCGGGCCACCACCAGCCAGGCCACCCAGACUGAACCUGUCUGGUCAGAGGCUGGCUGGGGGGAUUCAGGAUCCCACACCUUCCCCAAAAUGAAAUCCAAGUUCCAUGACAAAGCAGCAAAGGACAAAGGCUUUGCCAAGUGGGAAAAUGAGAAACCCAGGGUCCAAGCUGGCGUGGAUGUUGUAGACCGAGGCACUGAGUUCGAACCUGACCAGGAUGAAGGUCAGGGUGAGACCAGACAGGAUGGUGAGGUCAGUGCUGGAUUAAACCACAAAUACAACCAGAAGAAGGCUGAAGGAUGGCUGAUUUCAGGCUGAAGAAAAUGGUGGCAAUCAAGUUGACUUUGGGAAGGAACAAGAUAAGAAACUCUGAAGAGCUCUCCAAUCUCAGGGAGUUAUCUGGAAGAACCUCUGGGUGUUUACUGACUCCUGAGGUCAUUGGAUCACCAUGACGGGCUGUGGGACAGAGUAUUUGCCCUCACUAUGAACUAUUUAUUCUCUCCUCCUCUGUCCCUAGCUCGGUGCCACAAACUCUAUGUAGUCAGUAGUUUUCUCAUGCAUCUUUCUUUAGAGCCAUUUACAUACGGGUUAAAUGGAAACUUCUGUGCAUGUACUUGAUACUCAUUCUCUAAACUCAGACUUUGCUGUUUUCGUGAGAAUAUUAUUUCAGUAUUUUUAUAGACUGUGUGUGUGUGUGUGUGUGAUGAGGAAUUAUUUAGAGUGCUUUUAGGAUGGGACCAAGUCUUAUCCUUUCCUGAGGGAUGAGGAAGCUCUUCAGAUCCUGGAGUGCAGCAACUUUUCUAUGAUCAGCUGAAAGGAGAAGCUGUUUACAUUACUCCCUCACACGUGUGGCUGCUGUAAUGUGUUAUAAGUGACACGUGUAUAUCACCGAAGUCUUAACCAAUUCUGCAUCACUAGGGGCCAUGACAUAGCCAGGAAAGCUCUCCUAAUAUUCAAGUAGCAAUGGGGAAAAUUAACUCUACCUGUCCCAUCUGACUGAGCUCACCCAUCUUUCUUAAGACUCCUGAAAUAAGACUACUAAUUAAGAAAUCAAUUCAAGGUUUGGGCAACAAAAUUUAGCAUUGAACAAGCCACCAGUGGAAAUGCAAAACAACCACCAGUUUUUAAAAGCCCAAAGUAAUUUUAAGAAUCCUGUUUGUUUUUAAAGAAAACUUAGGUUCCGAAAGAUAACUCUAUAUUCUUCCUAAUAAAUUAUCAUCCAUAAUUAAAGCAUAUUCAUAGAAGGAAAAUUAUAAUUAAUUACCUUUGAUAUUUUAUUUGAACUUUUAAAAUAAUAAUAGUUUAAAUAUCUUCCUGUGACCCAAAAUAACUAGAUGUGGGUCUAUUUCUUAAAUGAUUAGAAAAUAGAGACCCUAAUUCAAGUUCAAAGUCCAGAUGGGAUUGAACCUGAGGGUGGAGGGAAGGAUCUGUGUCCCCAGUCGGAACCUGUGUUCCACCACUGGUCCACUUGGAGGCUGAAGUGUAUACAGUGUGUGUGAAGCUGAUGUUGCGUCUGUGUGGAGCAGUCACUUCAGCAAAGGCUUUGUUCUCUCUUUUCUUCACUGAGGAGAGUUGAAGACAGUUUUGUGAUCAAACAUGUUGAGCCCCUGUUCUGGGCAGGGCCUGUGCUAGGCGCCCAGAGACAAGCCGGACUUGGUCUCAGCCCUGGGGAACUGACAGUCUGUGGAUGUGAAGGCAAAGCGGUUCCAGCAAUUUAAAAGAUGGUUCCAUAUUUACUAGAAUUGACUUGUGCCAGAUAGGUUCAGAGACUGGAAAUACUGCAAAAUAAAUGAAAUUAUUAGUUGAGGGAGUUGUGAUUAAGUUAGAAAAUAAGAGAACUGAAACCUCAGGGGGCAGCCUCAGCAUCUCCAGGUGUGGGUUCCAUGUAAAUAUGCUAUCUCCUAUUCAUAAACGCAGCGAAAGACGUGUUAACAAUAACAGAAAAUGACAAUUUAAGUAUGGGAAACAUUUCUUGUGUUUAAAGAAAAUUCGGGAAAAAACUUGUUAAUAAAUGUUGGACUGUGCUUUUUCUUCUUAAAGGCAUUAUUUAACUCGAUACUUUCAGUUGGGAUAUUUAUGAGUUUCGUAUAUAGGAAAAGUUUUAUAUUGUCAGCCUUCCUAUAACAAAGAUACUAAAUGUACCUUGCGUAAAAAUAAAGACAAAAACGAAAACAAAUGUUUCAGUGUAUAUAAGCUAUGUGUG